AUGGAUCAAGAACCAUUAGACACACACACCGGAAUUGGCAUUGUUGGUGCAGGGCUAGUUGGGUGCCUUGCCGCUCUUGCAUUUGCUAAGAAGGGGUAUGUGGUGUCGCUCUUCGAUAUGAGGGCAGACCCCCGAACUUUGGACCGCUCACAAAAGAAUCUAAGGAGUAUCAAUUUGGCAGUGAGUGAUCGCGGGAUAAGGGCAUUGAAAAGUGUCGACGAAGAAAUGGCGUCGCGGGUGUUGGAACACAUCAUCCCCAUGAAAGGGAGAAUGAUCCACGAUCGAGAUGGCGGUUGUGAGCUGCAAGUGUACGGCUUAUUCGGUGAAUGCAUUAAUUCAAUUGACCGCGCCUACUUGAACGAGUGUUUAUUACAAGAAGUCAGACAGGCUGAUGUCCGAGUGUUUUUUGACCACAAGCUCAAGCUGGUUCGAAAUCUAGAUCUGCUUCCAAUGUUAACAUUUAGCACCCUUGGAGGUGAGGAAAAAACCUUUGAAUUUGAUUACGCCAUUGGCGCUGAUGGGGCAUUUUCCCAAUUCAGAUACCAAAUGCAGAGACUGAUGAGAAUGCUGUUUUCACAGCAGUUCAUCGACAUGCAAUACCUUGAAUUGUAUAUUCCUCCCAAGCCCCAAGCGACCUGUGAAGCAGAUAAGGUCGAGAUCAGAGAUCACAUCCACCUGUCAGGAACUCCUGGUGAUCACGACGAGUUAAGCGGUCAAUUUCAAAUGGAUCCAGGUCAUUUGCACAUUUGGCCGCGACAUGAUUACAUGUUGAUCGCAUUGCCUAACAAGGACGGCUCUUUUACGUCCACUUUUUUUUCUCCUUGGAAAGUGAUUGAAAGCUUCAAAACGGAUGACGAGUUUGUUGCAUUCUUUUGGGCCAACUUCCCUGAUGCCACCAAAUUAAUGGGUGAAGAACAUUUGCGCUCAGCCUACCAUGAAAAUCCUCGUGGUCUGCUUAUGCAGGUAGACUGUUUUCCUUAUAACAAUCAUAGGGCCAUCAUCAUCGGCGAUGCCGCUCAUGCGAUGGUGCCAUUUUAUGGUCAAGGGAUGAACUGUGGGUUCGAAGAUGUUCGAGUGUUGAUGGAGACUAUCCAACAAUGCCUGGGUGAUAUUCAAGACGCAUUUGCCAAAUUUUCAGAGAGCAGAAGAGACGACCUUGUUGCCAUCUGUCAAUUGGCCAUGGAUAACUACACAGAGAUGCUGUCAAAGGUAGUCUCUCCACUUUAUCUUAUGCGCAAAAAGUUCGAUUACUUCCUUGGAAAAUACGGCCAUUACGUGGGGGUGUCUUGGUUGCCGCUUUACACCAUGGUGUCAUUCAGACAUGACAUCCCUUAUUCUCAAGCAAUUUCAACUGAGCGCCGCCAACAACGUAUAUUGAGAGGUGUUCAAACUGCUUGCUUUGCAGGAUUUUUUGGAUACGGCGUUCUUAGAGCUCUCGAGUACUGGAAUCGGCGAUAA